UGGGAAAUUCAGCCAUGCUGCAGCAGACAGAACUCGUCUUUGAUUUCGCCAGUGACCGUGUUAACAGCAUGUCACAGCUGGAGAGCCACCCAAUUUACCCUGCAGUGAUCGUAGAGCAGGUCCCUGAUACACAGCUGCUCUCAUACUCGGGUCUGGCAUGUGAGCAGUACCAGAUAGAGGAUCACCAGCAGUUGCUGAAAGUGGAAGCAAGUGAAAGUGGAGGAGAGGAGACCAUGGAAACACUUGUUGCUGCUGACUCGCUCCUCGACAUGGAUUCCCCUGAUGCCCUCUCCCUGGAACAACAGCAUUACUCCCAGAUGUUUUUACCGUCACUGGCUGAUGUCGUCACUACCCCUGUUACCCAGGUGACUGUGUCAGCAGAGGGGAUUGUGGGAGCUGUUGAUGAGCCACAGUGGCCCACACUGAACACAGGGAAGCCUGUGGCACAGCAACAGACCAGAAAGAAAGGGAGAAAACCUCGACAUCGGAGAGCAGAGUCUCCCACACCAGACAUCAUAGUGAAGAAGAACAAAUACAACAAAGGAGGAAACACACUGUACCUGUGGCAGUUCCUGAUGGAGCUGCUGCAGGACCGGCAGGUUUGCCCCCGUUACAUCAAAUGGACUAAUCCCCACAAAGGGAUCUUCAAGCUGGUCAACUCUAAAGCAGUCGCCAGGCUCUGGGGCAAACACAAGAACAAGCCAGACAUGAACUAUGAGACCAUGGGCAGAGCACUCAGGUACUAUUACCAGAGAGGUAUACUGAAUAAGGUUGAAGGCCAGCGGCUGGUCUACCAGUUCACCUCUCUGCCCAAAGACAUGAUCUACAUCACAGAUGGAGAUGGCACCAAAGAGGAAAAUGACGAUGAUCAUGACGACAACAGUGGCGAUGACGAAGGCAUGAGCGAUGACGCUGAAGACAGCGCAUUAUCCUCUAGUGACCAAUCGGUGGAUGAGGCAUAUUCCCACCCAGUAGAAAAGAAGAAGACCUCGGCUGGCUCAGUCCGAGCCCCGUCUAAUCAGCGGGCCCGGCCAGCUUCCCGCCCCGCAGCUCAGCGCAGCACCGUUCUCCGGCCUGCAGGAAACAGCCUGAUCCAGCAGCAGCACUUGCCCAUCGUGUCUGCUGAGAUGCUGCGGACCCUCCAGAACCUCCAGAGGGUCCAGUCCCUGCAGCCCGCAGGCCGAGGCUCAGUCUUCAAAACGGCUCAGCUGCUGGGGAGUCUGUGCGAGAAACAGGCUGCUUCUGAGGGGCCUGUGGACAGCAAGGGCAGGGCGGAGGUUCCCACCAGCACAGACAAGAAGCCACACUCAGGACAACAGACCACUUCGCAAGUGGUGACUCUGCAGCUGGUGCCUCUUACCAGCUCCGACCAAUAGAACAGACCAAACCCCGCCAUUCCCCGUUCCCCAGACUCAGGACCAAUAACAGAGCUGCACCUUGCUGUCACAACAGCCUCUGCAGACCAGGGCCCACAUGCCUGAAGUGUCACUCAGUGGGCAUACUGAUCAAGGAUCCUUUUGACUUUUAGAUGAUAUUACAUGAGUUGGUGAAGGGAACCUUAUAAAUAAUCCUAGAUCAGCUCUUCUGUGAUCUGAGUUCAGACCUCAGAAUUGCUAGAAACCAAGAGAGCUCCCACAGCAUUCAGUAAUUUGCCCUAUACCAUUUAAAAAGAAAAAAAAAAAAGAAAAAAAAAAAAGCUCUCAGCCAUUAUCUCAACCUUUCGUCAUUCUUUGUAGCUGUUGUUCACCUUAUCAAACACCAAAGACAAAAAUG